GCCGCUCUGCUCGCCAGCGCCGCCGCCGCCGCCUCGCGCGCGCGGGGCGCCGCGCGCGCGCAAUGGUUGGCAGGGCGCGGCGCGCGCGGCGCCGGGCGCAAGGCCCUCUGCUGGCUGCAGCGGCCCUCUGCCUGGUGGCGGCGGCCGCCUGGCGCGGCGGCCGCCCGUCGGCACGGCUGCUCGGCACCGCGGCCGUGGCCACCGUGGGGGGCGAGGCGCCCGCCGUCCUCCGCGGCGGCCGCACCCCCCCACGCGGCGGACGCCGACGGCGCCGCUCACGCCGCGGAGUGCCAAGCGCUGCUGGGGGAGCUGCAGGGGAAGGCGUCGGCCAAGGCUUCCAAGUGGGAGAAGGCUGCGUUGGAAGGCAGGACCAUCCUCGGCUACGGGCGGAAGGACUUGGGCGUCGAUUUUGCUGAACCAGACGCUGAAGGAGUUCGACGAGGCCCGCCGAGGGACAGCUGGCUCGUAGGUGUCCGGCGCGGGCCGCAGGAGCGCGCCGCGCUGGACGGGGUGCUGCAGCGACAGCUGCAGGCCGUCUUCUUGGCGCAGAGCUCGACGAUAGAGCAGGACGCUUUGUACCAGCGCCUGAAGAAGGACCUCCUGAGGCGCAUGCGGCGGAGACGCAAGGAGCUCGAGGUGAAGGACCUGAGAAGCUGGUGCUGCUGCAGGGGGCGAUGA